AUGCGCCACCUAUCGAGCCGAGCCUGGAGGUGUUCUCUUCGUCAUCGACCCGCCAAGAGCGCCGAAAUCAAUAUUCUCAAGGAAAAUGGCGAUCAUCCUCAAGUUGUACACUUCGAAAAUGGCGAUUAUAUCUCAGAGCAUGAGGGCGCGCGCCAUAUUUCGCUGGCCUUUGAGGUCGAGACAGAUGUUGAUGAUCAGCGAAGAUCCUUCAGUACGGUAUUUAUUGAUGAUGAGGGCAAGGAUCUCUACGCGAUGGGCAUUCCUAUGCUUCAGAAUCUCGCGGUCCCUGUAGCUUGA